AUGCGUUUGGUACUGAUAGUGAUCUACCUGAUACUGAUAAUGCCCAUUACCGGCUUAUGGCGAGCCGAAGGUAGCAGCGUCCUGCUCGAUCCGGAGCGGGUCUGCGAAAGCAAGCACCGGAAGUCGCGGCGACUGUCGGGGAAGCUGGCCGACAUCUGCAAGAACGACACGUCCCUGAUGCGCGAGAUCCACCGGGGCAUCAGCUUGGGCUUUCGGGAGUGCGAGAACCAGUUCCGGAACAGCAUGUGGAACUGCUCCUGGACCAUCAAGCGGAGCAUGCGCCGAAUACUGGCCAAAGAUACCCGCGAGGCUGCAUUCGUGCACGCGAUCACCGCCGCCGGGAUAACGUACGCGGUCACGAAGGCCUGCACGAUGGGCGAUCUGCUGGAGUGCUCCUGCCAGAGGAACCCGAAGACGCGGGUCGAUGAGGGUCGCCGGGGAGGCCGCGGUGGUGGCUUGAAGCCUGCGGGUGGAAGAAGGACGCGCCCGGACGGGCCCAAUCGCAACAGGGUUGACCCGAACGGUGUCCUGAUUGCGCCGUAUCAGCAGAGUGUCAAUGCGAAUCCAGCCUACAGCACGAUGACAGCGGAGGAGAUUGCGAGGAACGGGCCAGUCCGUCUACCAAACGCUCAACGACGACCUGGUGGUGGUGGUGGUGGUGGUCGUGGUGGCAGAAGUCAGCGACACUCGCCGAAGGGUGCGAACGGAGUGGGUGGUGGUGGUGUUUCGGUAGCCGGAAAUGGACCACCGUCCUUGCCGAAGGAGCUUCCCACGAUCACGAUCCUAACGGGGCAGGAGGAGAAGUGGAAGUGGGGCGGGUGUGACGACAACGUGAACUUUGGGGUGCGCAAGUCGAAGGACUUCCUGGACGCGCGGUUGCGCAGGAAGAGUGACAUCAAGACGCUCGUGCGGUUGCACAACAAUAAUGCAGGACGAAUGGCUGUCAAGCAUUUCAUGCGCAUGGAGUGCAAGUGCCACGGACUGUCCGGGUCCUGCACCACCAAGACCUGCUGGAUGAAGCUGCCCCCGUUCUCCGAGGUGGGCGCCCGAUUGAAGGAGCACUUUGACGGUGCGACAAAGGUGAUCGCCCGCAACGACGGCCAUAGCUUCAUGCCGGACGACAUAACGAUCAAACCGCCGACCCGGCGAGACCUGGUGUACACCGAGGAUUCGGACGACUUCUGCGAGCCGAACGCCAAGACGGGCUCGCUGGGGACACACGGCCGGGAGUGCAACAUCACCUCAAGUGGCGUCGACGGGUGCAGCCUGAUGUGCUGCAAGCGCGGCCAAACGCACAGCCAGGUGGAGGUGAAGCGCAACUGCAACUGCAGCUUCAAGUGGUGCUGCGAGGUAACUUGCAGCACCUGCAUCGACAUCCAGGACGUGUACACCUGCAAAUGA